GCACUGCUACAGACCCCGCCUUUUUUCCCUCCUUUGAAUAAUCGUUCCUCAUCUGAUCGGUGUGUCUUGCUUCGACUGUGGCACUCGCACGCCGGUUACGCCUCGGUCCGACUCUGCAAAGCGAACGGGUGGAAACUUGCUCCCAGUACCUGCCCCAACUGCAGAUCUCGGACGACUCCUUACUCUCAAGACGCGAUUGAAACCGUUCUGGACGUUACGAAGCUUUUUCCGUUUUGGCCGACUGGACACGCCUUCUUCGACCACGGAUUCAAAUCGACUUGGGUUCUGGGGGAUGCGCACACGCGCUCACACAAUCUGCGUUGGCCCUUUGUUCCGGGAAUGGCGCGCCCCGGUUCACUGGACUCUCGCGGGGCGGGUGUUCGCCGUUGCGCAAAACAAACGGGUCUAGCGAGCCCUGACUGGCUGGGGAGAUGAGCACCCCGGCGGUCCGUGUCUACAUGCAUCUGCAUGCGCUCAAUGUGGGUUCAGGGGCAGUCGCUGGCGCGGGCUU